UCACGGUUUCUCCAUCCAUGUUCUUGAACGAGGUGUGUUUGUUUAGGUUGUAAUCGUAGAGUUAUUCACAUUUCAACCCGUUUUCUUCAAACGAGUUCAACUUUUCUUUUGUUUAUUAAAGACAUUACCAUUAUUAGGUCAAGCUUUUAGUUUCAUCUUCUUUGUACAAUAUGCGUGUAUGCCUGUCUAUGCAGAGUGGAUCCCCAAUCUAGAAUUAAAGAGGUUUGUCUCGUUUUUUCUUUGAUCUUACAUCUCCCCAUUUGGUGAUAUAUUCUCCAUGUCAUUUUGAUACAGGGCUGCUCGUCGUUGGCCGAGUUCUGUUUGGGUUUUUUCCUAUUCCUGUAGAUGAAUUCAGGAACAUUUGAUCGUCAUUCAAAUCAGGCAUAAAAAGACGUUGACGAAACGAGUACAGGCAAAGAAUUGGUUACUUUCUUCUAACAAUGGGUACUGAUGGAAGCAAACAGCCAAAUAAGGUCCCUGUCAUACCACCACGUGACCUUCUUGUGCAGAAAUUUACAGAAUCUCGAGCUCCAGAACUGGAGUCCCUCUACUCAACUAUCGCCAACCGGAUGAACAACAAUUUCAAAUCUCGGAAAAAUAAGAGGAGAAGAACUACUGGUUAUGACGAUCGAUCUUCGAAAACUAGGUUCAGGAAGAAGCAAAAAAUUGGAGUUUCGAACCAAGAAAGUGAUGAAAAUGCAGAGAAAUGUGUUAAGAAGGCUCCUCCUCGCCACAUUCGUCGUAGAAAAGAGCUGAAGAUGAAUCCUGAAAGUGGGUUUUGCCCUUCAGGCGAUGGGACAAAGCGUUUGAGAACUCAUGUUUGGCAUGCAAAACGGUUUACAAUGACAAAGCGUUGGGGUUUCCACCUUCCUCUUGGUUUGCCUGGCAGAGGAAGAGGCUCGAGAGGUCUCUUAAAAUGGUUGAAAAAUGGAACUGUUGUUCAUGAUGCAAGUUACUACUGUGCUGUUCAACUGGAGGGUUCACAGGGUUCAUUACUGUCUAUUCUAAGCACUGUAAUGACACCUUUUUCUUCACCAGAUGCUGGAAAUGUACUUUCUGGUAGUGCUUAUGCUAGUUCAAUGCUUCAUUAUGCUGGAGCACACAAUUUAGGCCCGAUAGCACCCGUUUUUUAUAUGUGGCGACCUAAUCAGCAGUCAACAGAUGCCGAUUCAGAAAGUGAUGGAACCAUCAGACAAUUAUGGAUAUGGAUACAUGCUGCGGCAUUAACGGAAGGCUACAAUGCUCUGAAAAGUGCCUGUGAAAGACAGGGUAAGAUUGAUGAGGAUGUUGCCGUGGUUAGCUGUACGUCACUCGAGGGACAAUUAGGGACACUGGAAGUGAUGGGUUCAAAAGCAUCACAGCUUCUUCGAAGGAUACUACAUCCGGUUAGCAGCAUGUCCGAGAAAUCUUCAGUUUUGAGAAAAUGUACAUUUAUGGUAGCUGAUGGUGGCACUCCGUCGAGAAAUACAUCCAUUCUAGAUAACGAAGAUCAUAUAUCUUCUUCUGGAAUAAUAUCUCUUACAGUCUGUGAUCCCCGUGCUUUGACCAUAGAAGGGUUACCUGAAGUAAGCAGUGAAUUAAUCUCGAGUUGUACCGAUUUGUGGGAUGCUAGUAAAGGGUUGUGCUGUGCAGUUGAAGAAAGUGUUCUUUGUAUGGAGAAACACCGUCAACGGUUGUCGUCUUUUUGUCUUACCGACAAAAGUUCUGAUGGCAUUCAUGCUUCAACCAAGAUUCGUUCCUCAAGAUUUUGCCCUGUUCUUCUUUUAAGAAGGAAUAACAUGAAGGAUUCAAUUGAAAGGUGGUCGAUUAUACUUCCUUUAAGCUGGGUCAAAGCAUUUUGGGUUCCUCUCGUCUCAAAUGGCGCUCAGGCUAUAGGCCUAAGAGAGAGGUCUUGGGUUGCUUGUGAAGCUGGGAUACCAUGUUUUCCAUUAGAAUUCCCCGAAUGUGGUUCUUACUCAUCUUUAAUGGAUGCUGAAGCUUCUGCCAUUGAUAAAGAAGCGAGUCUUCGUCCUGUUUCGGUGAGACCUUUUAGCAUUCCCAUCCCACCUCCAUGGAAUUGUGUUCGUCUCGCCUUUGGAACGAACCCAACUGAAGCAGAAAAAACUCGAGUUUGUUCAAGUGAAUCAGGUCCAGUUGCUGAACCGGCAUUAGCAGACUCCGAUAUGGUUGUGGCCAGGACAUCAAGCACGUUGGCUGGUUUCUUGAAUUCUAUUAAUGGCGAUCAUUUGCUUCUUUUCUUGCAUUUUCUUGAUAAAACUACGUGCAUUUCUAAGAUCAUGAGGGAUGAGAAAAUACUCGAAUCAGGCCCAAGUACGGUCAGUUUGCUGGCAAAUCGAUGUAGAAAGGUGUGUUUUGUUAGAGUUAUUCUCCAUGCAUAUAAAGAAGGUGUCAUUGAGGACGGAGCAGUGGUUUGUGCACCCCGUUCGGCCGAUAUGAAGCUUUGGUUAUCAGGCUCAAACAAGAAGGUCGAACUUCAAGUACCUCAGUCAUCAAUGGCAACAUAUUUUGUGAAACAAGAUUCUGGUAAAUGGGAGUUUCAAGUGCCUGAAGAUCCUGCAGCCAUGGAGUCUAAUAGAUGGCCAAUUGGUUUCGUCACAACUGGAUUUAUUCGGGGAAGCAUGAAACCAUCGGCAGGUGCUCUCUGUGAUGCGGUCCUGCUUGCUCACCUUAGACAUGAGCAAUGGAGCUCUGUGCCUCUGAACCGAAGGAAGAAGGAAAUAUACGUUCUAACAAGAAAUCUAAGAUCUAGCGCUUAUCGACUUGCCCUUGCAACCAUUGUUCUUGAACACCAACCCGAAGAUCUAGAUCACAUUUGAUCAAUCAGUGUCAGGGUUUUUUGGUGUUUUCUUAUUAUUCAAUUCUCGGGUUCUCGGUUUUUGGGUUUUGGUAGAAUGGGGAAAAAUGGGUAUUAGAGUAGAGAAGUUUGUCUUUGAAAUGUAGAGUGUGGUUAUGCCUUUAUGUAUCAAAACAGUUCCAACCCAUAUGCAAAUUUUUUGAGUUGGUUUUACGUUU